AUGCCAACCGUAAACCAAUUGGUUAGAAAAGGUCGCAAACCGGUGCGAAAAGGGACCAAGGCUCCGGCCCUGCAUUGGGUCCAAAACUCCUUGCGCAACCGCACGAAGGUUCGGACCAUGACUCCCAAAAAGCCGAACUCCGCACUGCGCAAAAUCUGUCGGGUCAGGCUCACCAAUGGAGUGGAAGUAACCGCCUACAUCGGCGGCGAAGGUCACAAUCUGCAGAACACUCGGUGGUUCUUAUUCGCGGCGGUCGCGUCAAAGACCUGCCGGGAGUACGCUAUCACGUAG